AUACAGCACGGAUGGGAAUGGCACGAAAUGUGGUUCUUCACGCGUUGGGAGGCAUCGGGCGCGAGGACGUGCGUGUGUUUCGAUCUGCCGUCCCGCACGCUCGGCUACAUCAAAGCACGACUGGCCGACUCGGACGCACAGGACCUGCGACACUGUAGUUCUCCGUAUUCCAUUCUUGCCAUCGCCGUGGAAGGUGUCGCCCGGUCGUAUGACGACUCCGUCUGGUCGAUCCGGAACCAGAUCAGUCGCCGCGAGGCUAGGAGAGCCCACGAAGUCGUUGACUACGCCGUCCUGCACGAGAUUGCGCGACACAGCACGCAUGUCGCUGAAUCACUGACAGUAGCGACACGAACCGUUGAUACGAUCUGCGCUCAGUACUCACGGUCACGCUCCUUCCUCAACAGUCUCAGCAGUGACAGCGGGAAAGCGUUUGAAGCCUGGGACGACAUCGGCGACAAGCUUUCGUUCCAGCUCCGAGUCCUGCAGGGACUGACUGAUCGCUCCUUUGCGACGGACACUCGCAUACAGAACGAAAUCACCUUGGUG